GAGUUUAAUGAGCGUUGAGGAAAGAGAAGGUAUGAGAGUGAUAAAGUUGGUAGCGGUGUCAGUUGUACGAAGUAACUGACAUAUAGGUAGUUACACAUAUACUAAUACGCACAAACACGCCAUGAGGUAUACACACUCACUCAUACAUAUAAACAACACAAUAUGUUGAUGCAUAAUAACUAACGUGCAUCACUCAUACGGUAUAUAUAAUAUAUAUAUAGAUAGAUAGAAGCACACAAACAUACUGUAAAAAAUACUAAUGAAGCACAUAUAAAGGUACACGGAGACUAGUUUAAGUAGCAUACACCAGUAUUACAGAUAGAGGCAAAGAAAUACCAACAGAAAAUCACAACUGUGAUAGAAAGCCACGCAUAAAAACAAUAUAGUCAUAGACACGCGCGUGUCAUACACGUAGAAAGGCUCCCGUACAUACAUACAUACAUAGUACACACGCACACUAACAAGAUAAGACAUUCACGUAAAACACAUAGGAAAGCGCGCGCGCACACACAUAUAUGAACAAACAUUCACGUGAAACAGAAAGCCGCUCGUAUAUAUAUAUAUAUAUAUAUAUAUAUACACCAGUAACAUACACAUAGUCAUAUUAUAACUUCGAGCUCUUUCAACAAAGACUAUACUUAAUCGCAGUACACAACACGUUAUUAUUAUUAGUCCAUAGUUUAAAGUGAAUCUAGGAGAUAGCGUUAACUAAUUGCUUGGCUGGCUGGCUGGCUGGCUGCCUGCCUGUCCUCUAAAACCUGUACACAGAAACGUUCAGCUCUCACCAGGUUUACUUACUGCUUUCGCCUGCUUUUUGGUGCAGGAAAUGACUAACAGACAAGUCGAGUUACUAGUGAAGCUUGUAGACUUUUGGCAAGACCCCCAGUAAACAAUCCAUACUAUUCUAGUUCCAUAAGCAAAGUGCUAUGGACACGGAAAACCAUUGUCUCAAGACUGGCUAUCUCUUGAAGCAGGGCAUUAAUGGUAAAUGGAAAGCCCGAAGGUUCCAGUUGACAGAAGAUCACCUUAUUUAUCAUCGGAAAUGGAAGAAAAGAAUAGGAGUCAGUUCUCUACCGUUGGAUGGUUGUUCUGUAGUGUGUCCAUGUUUAGAUGCAGAUUUACCAUCCAGUAAUCCAUCUGGGACUUUCAAAAUAUGUAUGCCUUCUGGAGAUCGGGAAAUUUAUCUUCAGGCUGCUGGAGAGGAAGAAAGGAAUCAAUGGGCACAUGCUAUUGGUGCAGUGAUUCGCUCUCUCAGUACGAUAAAACAGGUGUCAUGUCACAGAAAAGUGCCGUUCCAACACUUUCGAGUUUAUGCAAAUGUUAGUGAAAUAAUUGGUACAAUCCAAGAGCCUGGUGCUGGGGUUGAACUUGGCAUGCACUUACGAGGUGGAGUUGUGUAUAGAAACUGUUUCCAAGGUUGUGAUUUAGUCAACUGGCUGCUAAGGUGGUCAGUUGUUCGAAACCGAGAGGAUGGUGCUGCCAUGGCCCAGACUCUGUUGAAGCUGGGCCAUCUGCAGGAGAUUGAACUCAAUGAUGGUUCUGCUAUUGCUGGUGAAAGGUUUAAAGAUGGUGAGAGUCUGUACAGAUUUACUUCUCUGAAUAUGGGGGCCAAACGUGAUAGUUACUCAGACAACACAGACAGUGAUUCCAGCAGCUCAGAAGAGGAAGAUGAGGACGAAGCAGAAAGCCAGAAAAGAUCUCCAAAGAAGGGGAAAGUGAUAAAAGAAAGUUUCUUAUUAAGAAAGAAAAACCUGAGCCCAGGAUGGCAAGCUGUGAAAGUGAUUCUUCGAGAAAAUCCCACAACUUUAGAAUAUCAUAAAGCUACAGCUACAUUAGACUCUGAGAAGCUAUCUACCAUAAUGGACCUGACAGGAUGUACAGUGAAAGAGAUUGUCAGGAAAGAUGAUGACCUCAGUGAAUCUAAACGCCAUCAACUAUACAUGAAGGAUAAGAAGGGACGACGUCUUACUCUCCUGGCCUGCUGUCGAGAGGAGUGUCACUGCUGGUUGAUCCAGCUGAGUCAGUUUUGCAAACCCUCAGCAGUGAGCAAUGUGGCUGCAGAGUCUGCAUUAAGGACUGCAUCACCGAAGUGAAAAAUGAUGUUCAGAAAACACUGUGAAAUAUCGACAGGUUUAACCUGACUGCUGUCUAGGAAACACUUACGGAUUCUCUCAGAGAGAUUAAAACUUAACAAACCAGGCUUCUGGCUUUCUUUUUAAAUAUUGUCAUCUGGUAACCUUCAGUGUUGUCAGUAAUUAUUAUGAUAAUAAUAAUUAUAAUUAUUAUCAUUUUUAUUAUUAUUAUUAGUCAUAUAUUGCCCUUCCCCUCCACAAAUUUACCUUGUGCUUAGAUAGAUUACUACUACUACUACUACUACUACUACUACUACUACUACAUAAGGUUUUGAGCUGGCAGAUUUGUUAGCACACCAGACAAAAUGCUUAGUGGUAGUUUUUCUGGCCCUUUAUUUUCUGAGUUCAAAUUUCAAGGUAAACUUUGGCUUUCAUCCUUCAUCCUAGGGUUAAUGUGAUUGACGUGCCCCUCUCCACAGAAUUGCUGGCUUAGUAUAAAAUUUAGAAAGCAUUAUUAUGUUUAUCAGCAUUUAGCAUUUCUUCUAACACUUUGUCUGAGUUCAUAUCCCACCAAAUAAAGUACCAGUCAAGUACUGAGGUCGAUGUUAUUGAUUUCCCUCAAACUUGCUGGCCUUGUGCCAAAAUUUGAAAUUAUUAUUAUUAUAAUGAGGACAGCUGAUGCCUACAAAGUCUUUUCAAUUGAUUGUAUCCUACCCUACAAAAUUUGGCCUUCAGCUUAGUCAAAAGUAAUUAUUUUACUUAGAAUGUAGAGUCAGAAUGAAAUACCUUGUGUUAUUUGUUCUAACUCUUUACAUUUUGAGUUCAAAUCCUGUGUAGGUUGACUUUACCUUUCAUCUUUAUGGUUUGAUAAAAUAAGUACCAGUUGAGCAUUGGGGUUGAUGUAAUUGGCUCCCCCCACCUACCCAGAAAUUGCUGGCUUUGUGCUAAAAUAUGAAACCAUUAUUAUUGUUAUUAGCAAAGUGAUGAGUGGCAGAAUUGUUACUGCAUCAGGUAAAAUGCUUAGUGGCAUUUCAUUUGUCUGUAUGUUCUGAGUUCAAAUUCCACUGAGGUUGACUUUGCCUUUCACCUUUUCGGGUUCUCUAAAACAAGUACCAGUUGAGCAUUGGGUGCGAUGUAAUCGACUUACACCCACCCUUGAAAUUACUGGCCUUGUGCCAAAUUUUAAAACUAUUAUUAUUAUUAUUAUUAUUAUCAACAUCAUCACCCUUCCUAAAGUGAUGGAUUGGCAGAAAAGUUAGUGUUGAUCAAAAUGCCUUGUAAAUUAUAUUUUAUGUUCUGAGUUCAAAUCCUGCCAAGGUUGUCUUUGCCUUUCAUCCUUUUGGAAUUGAUAAAAAAUACAGCUCUAGUUAACCCAUAUAUGCCCAUAAAAAAAUUUCACUGUAUUUAGAUUAAAUGUUAUGGUAAGCUUUCACAAUCUGGAAGAAGAGGACAGUAUUCAAGUGUUAGCUAUGGGUGUCAACUACCUACUGAACAUUUCGUAUGCUCAGUGAGAUGCUUCUCAGCGAGUUCAUAUCCAAACAAGUAGGAGCAGGUUUUGCAUUGGGAAAACACAACCAGAGGUAUAUAUGGGUUAAAUACAGGGUUCAAUUUAAUUUCUCUAAAUAGUGGCCUUGUGGCAUUACCAUCAUUCAGGGUUGAAUUUUCCUUUCGUACAUUUGGAGGUACCAGUCAUAUGCUGUGGCCAGUUCAUUUGAAUAUACUCUUUCAUUGCAAAUUUGAGCUUUUGUGUCUGGUUUGGCAGAAUCGUUAGAGCAUCAGACAAAAUGUAGUAUUUGUCCUGAUUUCAAAUCCUACCAAGUUCAACUUUGGUCAAUAAAAUAAAACACCACUCAAGUCGUGGUGGGGGGUGAUUUAUUUGAUUGUUUCCCACCCCACAAAUUUUUGGCCUCGGUCUUUUUGAUACAUUUUAAAAUAAACAAAACAAAAGAACUUGUAAACAGUUAGAUUGGCUGCCUUUAAAUACUUUAUUGUUAUCUUUGAGUUGCAAGAAGAUUUUGUGGGGGUGGGCAAUGCAAAUAUAAGACAUUAUAUGGAUGUGGUGGAAACAAAUUCUAUCAUUUGCAGUGUCUUCGUAUUUUGAUAUUUGAAUACAUAGCCCCUCCCCUCUCAGAAAAAAAUAUUUUAGCAGGCCUAAUUACAGUUAAAGAAGUACUUGGAAGGAAAUUAACAGGCAUUAUUAUUUCCGAGUUAUGUGAUGUAAGCAAAUCCAAAGACCAAGUCUUCAACAAUGUGACAUUGCUUGUAUGCAGCCCACAGACUGGUUAGAUGAAACCUUGCUACUGACUCUUGCCAUUCUCACCACUGGACUCAUAUUCACCCUGAUAUGAAGAUCUGUUUUAACUAGCUUCAUAGUGUAUUUCAUAUUAAUUUUCUGCUAUGUAGCACAGUUAUGUCAAUAUUUAAACCUUUAUAAAUUGUGGGUGUUGAAACUGGACACUGCAAACUUUAUAAUACUGUGAUGUGGGUUAUGAAAUACUGUAUGUGGAAUAUUAAAACGUAGUAGUGUAGGUUGUGAAAUCACGUAGACUGAACUCAGUGCUGGAUUUAGACCUUGCCAGGCCUCUGGGCCAUUUGGUUUUGGUGGGGCCCUACAGUUUUGCUAAUUCCAAAAAUAUUUUUAAAAAAAGGUUUCAUUGAAUGUAGGGGUCCCAAACUGUUUGAAGAGGCUGCAAAACUUAAAAGGGCCCUGUUAGGUUCAGAGAGAUUCGAUUAAAUCUAAUGGCUUUUUAAACCUAAAAGGGCCCAAUAAAUCAAAUGAAGGCUCGAUAAUUUUAAAUGAACUCUACUGGAUUAAAAAAAAUUUAAACAAGUAAAAAAAAAACUUAUAAAUUAUUUAUUUGAUUGCUUUAAAUAUAUUUAAUAAUUUUUAACUCCAAGCUUUAGGUUUCUCUAAGAGGCCUCCAAUACAUGAGGCUUCCUAAACUUGGGGACCCUUGGGCUAUGGCCCAUAUUGACCCUUAAAUAAAUUCAGCCAUGCCUGAACUUUAUAAUACAGUAAUGUAGGUUGUGAAAUUGUGUACCCUGAAUGUUAUAACAGUAGUGUGGGUAGAGAAAUAGUGUGUACUGAAUACUGUAAUACAGUAAUGUAAUGUGGGUAGUGAAAAAAGGGUAGGGUGUACUUAGUGAUAUAAUGUAGUAGGUUAGUGAAACAAUGUAUAAGAUAUAAUAACGAUGUAGUAUACACGGUGAAGCAGGGUGUAUAAUUGUGGUAUAUAUAUUUUUCCUAAAUUUCACAAGUUUAAAUGAUAGUAUAUAAAUAUGUGAAAUUUCACACAACAUAUAUACACUGCUAGUUGUAGUAUAGCUGUGGUUGUUGAUGGAAAUACCAGCAGUGCCUGUAGUAUUGCUUGUGAUGUAUGAAUCAAUGCUGCUAGGUAGGUACAAAUUUACAGUUAUAUCAAACUAAGCUAUCACUUUUAGCAUUUAAAUUCUUCCCUCCAGAAAGGCAAACUUAGGUCUUCCGCUCGUUCCUUCUUAACUUUUGUUACCCCAUUCUGAACUGUUCCUCUCAGUCCUGUCCUCUUAAUAUUUUGCCCUCUAUUUUGUGUCGUCAAAUAUUCUAAGAUGGAUUUAUUAUCAGAGACAACAUUCUUAUUUGAAUUUGUUGUCAGAUGUUGGCUGUUUAGAUUCAAUAUUGGAUCUGUUUGUUAAUGAUAUAUGAUCAUAUAUCUCUACAUUUAGUCUAAAAUUAUCAGCAAAAUCUUCCAGUCCAGAUUUUGAAUGAAAUAUUUUGAUGAACAAAAAAUAAAAUGUUUCAUAUUAGUUUUA